GUUUGAAGAGAGGUCGUAGAAGGAGUAUGCCUGCCUUCUCUACAGAAACCCCAAAGGGACAGGCCACCUUCGGACAUCCUCCCUCGGUCCCCAAGUGGUGUGAUCUGUGGUCACGAGUGUUCCUUCUUUUUCGCUUGCUCUUUUGGCUUUAACUCUUUUGGCUUUGACUGUGUGAAUAGAGCUGCACGGAGGUUAAGUUCAUGGGCUUUGAGGCAGACCUGGGUUUGAGUUCUGGUUCUGUUGCUUACUGAAUCUCAGUUUUUUCAUCUUUUGAAUUGGGAGGGGGUAGUAUGCAUACUGCCGGUUUAGUACUGUGAUGAGAAUUCAGUAAGAUGUGCAUGAGAAUGUUUAGCCUAGGCCCCUGCAUGUAUAAAUAAGCUCAAUACAUGUUAGCUAUAUGAUAAAAAUCUACUUCAAGCUGAUUUCUGUUUUCACUCUUUCAACAAGACUAUGAAUAACUACCCGUGUUCUCUGCUGGGUGCUGAGAAUACAACAAUGACCAAAACAGGUGUGAGCCUGACCACACUGAGUCCAGUGAGAAAGAUGGUUGUGCCAUGGAACUUGCCAAUUAUUAGAAGCAAGCUUUUUACCUAAUCUCAAGUGGAAAAAGAAACUUAAAUUGAAGCAGGGAUAAAGUUUUAAAUUGAAAGCUUAAUAAAGAAUUCUGAAGUUAAAAAAAAGAUUUAGGAAAAUCAGUGUAGUUUUCCAGAGUUUUGAAUAAAAGUGCUUCCACAAGCUGACAGAUUUGCCUGCAAGGACAAUUAGUAGGUCAGCACUAGACAAGUAAGGAAGGGAGGAGAAAGAACGAGGUCUGUGAAGUAGACUGGAGCAAGUCCACGGAGCUUUAAAAAAAAAAAAAAAAAAAAAGUGGGACAAGGAGAGCAAUUGUGAGCUGUAAAGUGAAGUCAGUAGUUUUCCAGCACAGAAGCCAUAACCUCCGGUGGCAGAAUCAGAAUUUAACAACUGGUUUUGAAAGAAAGAGUAUUCGGUUUAGAAAUAAAAACCUCUGCUAUUAAACAUGUGAUAAUCAUAUUCAUAUUUUGGUAGCCUAUUUGUUUUAGUAAUAUGUAAAAGUAUGCUAUUAACUCUAAGUAGUACUUUUUUUUACUUUGUAGUAAGGUUUACUGUAGUGAACAUAUUGAGUACAUUGAUAACGUUUACCUGGAAAAAUCUUAAUGCAAAAAAUUUUUAUCUAAUCUCCUUUUUUCUCUAUUAAAAUUAGGCAUUUUAGAAACAACUAAACAGUCAUUAGCUGAUAAAUGGGUGAAUAAAAUGAGGUACCUUCACACAAUGUAAUGUUGUUUGGCAAUAAAAAUAAAUGAAAUAGUGACACAUGGAUGGAGUGUGUAGUGAGACAUGCUAAGUGAAAGAAGCUGGUCACAAAAGACCACAUAUUGUAUGACUCCAUUUGUAUGAAAUGUCCAGAAUAGAAGAGGCUAUUAUUCUUGGAUCUUGUUGGCAUGAUGCUUCAUUCCAGCCUGUGGGAUACCAAGGUUAUUGAAUCUUUGGGAAUUAUUAUUUAUAAGGCACUGGACUAUGGCUUGAAGGAGAAUGAAGAAAGGGAAUUAAGCCCUCCCCUGGAGCAGCUCAUCGAUCGCAUGGCCAACACGGUAGAGGCUGAUGGCAGCAAUGAUGAGGGCUAUGAGGCUGCAGAUGAAGGUCUGGAGGAGGAGGAAGAUGAGAAGAGAAAAGUCUCAGCAAUCCGGUCCUAUAGAGAUGUCAUGAAGUUAUGUGCUGCUCAUCUCCCAACUGCAUCAGAGGCACCAAAUCAUUAUCAGGCAGUGUGUCGUGCACUGUUUGCAGAGACAAUGGAGCUGCAUACAUUUCUGACUAAAAUUAAGAGUGCAAAGGAGCCUGGCAAAGGUGCUCUCUGUGGUUAUUCCUGUUUUCCUGUAAGAACAGUCACCAGCAACAGACUGUCCUGGAACAUGGAUGACAAGAGUCCCUGGAGGAAAGUGCAGAAUCUGAAGAAGAUUCAAGAAAUGGAGAAGAGUAAUGAAUCUAACACAGACCUGGAGGAACUGAAAAACGCUGACUGGGCUCGAUUCUGGGUGCAGGUGAUGAGGGAUUUGCGGAAUGGAGUAAAACUCAAGAAGGUCCAAGAGCGGCAGUAUAACCCUCUGCCCAUUGAAUAUCAGCUCACCCCUUAUGAGAUGCUAAUGGAUGACAUUCGAUCCAAAAGAUACACUUUGCGAAAAGUGAUGGUGAAUGGUGAUAUUCCCCCUCGGUUAAAAAAAAGUGCUCAUGAAAUCAUCCUGGACUUCAUCAGAUCAAGACCUCCUUUAAAUCCAGCCUCAGCCAGAAAACUGAAGCCUACUCCACCACGGCCAAGGAGCCUCCAUGAAAGGAUCCUGGAAGAAAUCAAAGCAGAAAGAAAGCUGCGGCCCGUGUCACCAGAGGAAACCAGACGCAGCAGGUUAGAGGUAGCUACCCCUGCAUCUCCAAAGAAUGUCCUGGAAUCAUCGAUGGUGAAUGGAGGUUUAACGUCACAAUCAAACGAAAAUGGGGCAGGUGCCGUACAACAGGUGCCUGUGCAGCGGAAGAAACUCCUCAAAGCCCCAACUCUGGCCGAGCUGGACAGCUCUGACUCGGAGUGUGAACUGGGCUUCCCUGGUGGCGCAGUGGUUGAGCGUCCACCUGCUGAUGCAGGGGACGUGGGUUCGUGCCCCGGUCUGGGAAGAUCCCACAUGCCGCGGAGCGGCUGGGCCCGUGAGCCAUGGCCGCUGAGCCUGUGUGUCCAGAGCCUGUGCUCUGCAACGGGAGAGGCCACAACAGAAGAAACUCUGCCCAGGUCAGCCAGCAGCAGUGCAUCUCCCUCCUUCCUUGAAGCUCCCUUUCUGGAGGCUGUGUCCACAAGGAAGAACCCUCCAAAGUUCUUGCCCAUGUCCUCCACACCCCAGCCAGAACGACGGCAGCCACCCCAGAGACGACAUUCCAUUGAAAAGGAAACACCCACUAACGUGAGACAGUUCCUGCCAGCGUCCAGGCAGAGCUCCCGGUCUCUCGUUCCUAGGAUAACCAGAGUAUGGCCAACGACACCUUUCCGACCGCUUUUUUCUACCCUUCAAACAGCUUCUCUGCUCGGCUCUCACCCUUUGGAGGCAGCCUUGUUGGGGGUAGCAGGGGCUAUGUAUUAUCUGUGUGAGAGAGCUUUUACCAGCAGGUGGAAAUCCGCAAAGGAGGAAUUCUGCUACCCAGUGGAAUGCCUAGCACUUACUGUGGAGGAGGUGAUGCAUAUUCGUCAGGUCCUGGUGAAGGCAGAGCUGGAAAAAUACCAACAGUAUAAAGAUGUCUACACUGCUCUGAAAAAAGGAAAGCUCUGCUUUUGUUGCCGAACCAGGAGAUUUUCCUUCUUCACUUGGUCUUAUACCUGUCAGUUCUGUAAGAGGCCGGUGUGCUCACAGUGUUGCAAAAAGAUGCGGCUGCCCUCCAAGCCAUACUCCACCCUUCCUAUCUUUUCAUUGGGACCUUCUGCCUUGCAGAGAGGGGAAAGUUGUAUGAGGCCAGAAAAACCCUCCACUGGCCACCAUCGGCCACUUCGGAGCAUUGCCAGAUUGUCCUCAAAAUCCAAGUCUGCGGACAAAUCAGAUGAAGAACUCCAAUUUCCCAAAGAGUUGAUGGAGGACUGGAGCACCAUGGAGGUGUGUGUAGACUGCAAAAAGUUCAUUUCAGAAAUCAUCAACUCAAGCCGGUAUAGCCUGGUGCUGGCCAACAAAAGAGCCCGAUUGAAAAGGAAAACGCAGUCUUUCUACAUGUCCUCAGCAGGCCCUUCGGAGUACUGCCCUUCAGAGAGGACCAUCAGUGAGGUCUGAGCCCCGUGCAUUCGUGUGCAGAGUCGCAUUCAUGAGAGAACACUGAGCGGGGCUGUCUUCUCGCUGCAGUUAACUGGUUCGGGUUUGCAUGAGAUCAGGGUUUUGUUGCAUCACACUGUUCCACAGACUGAACACUGCGUUCAUAUCAGCCAGUUCCUUGUCUGCACUGAGAGAGGACAGUAGUUUGAAUCUUGCUUUUGUGUGGGGGGGGAUUUGGAGGCCAGAAACUUUUUCCUUAGUUCAGUUCUUUACUGUCCCUCAAUUUUCUGACUGAGGCAGAAAGCUUCUGGUGUGAGAAAUCGGUCUAAUGCAGGCGUCGAAGUCAGCACAGUCUAAGCAGUAAGUCAUAUUGGCAUUUCCACCCGACAGUGUUCCUACCUGAUGCACACAGAUCCCUGGAGGCUGGGCCAGGCUGUUACCGUCUCACAGCACAGAACCUACAAGGAUUUGCUCAUGCUCUCAAACUGGUUUUAAAUUAUUGUUGCUCUGAGAUAAAGACUCGGGAGGGACUUUACUCCGUGCUCCAGUACAAAGCAUCUGAAUAAGCUGUACGCUCCAGUGGACGCCCAUGUCCCCCACGCUGUGUCUGUGCCUGGGCAGUGGGGUGGUGUCUCUUGAGGCAGGUGCAGGGCUUUCCUUAUCUUGAAUGUAUUAUGGUUACUAGUAGUUUUAUAUUGGAGGUCUAAGAUUUAAAGUUUUGUGGUGUUUGGGGACAAGGGCAGGCUAGAAGUUUGUCCAGAAGUUGAGUAUUUUGGCCAAUAGGAGAAGGGCUGUGAGUGCGUCGGCCACGCUGCAGUGAACGAGCUGGAGCACCCACAUUUCCAACCGCAGUUUUUAUAACUUUAGUCUUGCCAUCAUGAUUAAAUUAAGCCACAAUUUGGUAUCUGAGGUCUCAAACUGAAAUUUAUUUUUAUAAAUGAAUUUUAAAAGAAAAAACAUGGUCUAGUUCAUUUAAAAUUAACCUGCUGAUAGGCUUUGUGGAUGCUUUUUGCACAUGUUCUCCUUGUAAGUGACUUGAGUAGGAUGGGUUUUGAUGAAGCCAGGUUGAGGCAGCACCGUACACCUGUCAUUUCUCGACUUGUGUGGCCCAUUCCGUGGCCGUCUUUAUGAUUUUGGUUCGCUUGGCAGACCAGCCAGUCAAGUUGCCAGUCAUGGUUGGAAGCUCGGUUAAUGCACACGCAAAGCAGUUUCAUGAACGCUCUCUAGGACACAUCUGUAGUCAGCGCCAUGACAGCACCGCUCACCAAAAGGCAGGGCAGUCACACUUCACACCACCUCACAAUACAGGAACAUUUCUAUAGCGAAUUUCUAUUUCUAUAAUUUCAUUUCUAUAAUUCUAUAGUGAAUUAACAGUAAUACCUCAGAACUGCCCUGGUAGUGGUUUUACAUGACUGAAAUUUAUAAAUUAGUAAAUGGCUUAAAAUUACUUACACUUACAAAAUAAACUUUACCAAUUGACUAAAGUAAUGCAUGUUAACAGUUUGUCUGUAUUUGCAUGUAAAAGUGGGCCACCAGAGAACCCUUACUGAUUAUGGAAACGUUUAAAGUUUUAAAGACUCACGUAAGAGCUUUAAACAGUAUAUUGAGUGAAUCUAAUUUAUAAAAUUUUGCUGUGAGCAGCUUCUAAACCACCACCAGGAAGGGUGCAAGGGAGAUGGGGUGGUGUUUGUAUCCAUGCACAGACCAGACCUAGGAGAGUGUGCUUUUUAAAAUAACGACUAGUUUACAGGUGUUAAUAAAACACAAGAAACUAAACCCCCUAAAUGAGAAUGCCGUCCACAUUCACAAGGCACAUAAAAUCUAGCACAUCUAGUCUUUCACUUCACUUCUCCAGGUUUGUGACAUUGUGCAGGCUGUCUGGGCAUCGUGGGCG